AUGGUAUAUUGUAUAAUAAGACGAAACACAGUUCAAAAUAUGAUAUCAUUGCGCUUGCACAAAAUUUUUCUUUUAUUUCCUCAAAGGGGUUAUUUUAUUUUCACAAAAGUUCUCCAUUUGCAUGGUUCAAAAUGUAGAUGGUUUCCUAGAAUCACCAAUAUCAGUAAUAAGCAUUUAAACUGCAAUAAUGAGCCAUAUGGCAAUGUUUCUGAUUUUGAAGACGAGAUAUUAAUGUCAGAUGAAGACAUUUUGUAUAAGGAUUUGGAGAUUAAUAAUUUUGGAUCAGCUAUUGGAGCCAAAAUGUGGCAUUCUUUACCCACUGAGACUAGUUAUAGUUCAAAUGACUCUAAUUGUAAUCAGGAAAGCUACUCAGAAGAGCAAAGACAAUUAUAUGAGUCAAAUUCUGACCAUUCCUUUGAUGAUUAUAAGGCCGAUACACUGGAGCAAAUGAAGCGACUCCUUGAUGAGGAACUAAAGGAGAAAGAACGUAUAUUUGACACUAAACCCCAGUAUUUAAAGCUAAAAGAUGACAAUGGAAUUGAAAAUAAUUCCAAUGAUGAACGCACAAUACAUUCAGUUGGUACCGUUGAGAAACUAAGGAUUAGUAAUCAACUAUCACAACGUAGCCCCUCAUCAAAGACAAAUUACACCAGAAAGCAACUAAAGGAACACAAAAUAUACACAAAUUAUACCAAUCUGCUAGAAAAAACUGACAGCCACUAUUACUGUUCUAAGUACAACCAACACAACAACAAGAGUGAAAAUCGCAGAAAAAAGAUUAGUAACAAAGUACACGCUGUUAGAGUACUGAAUAUUGACAAGUUACCGCUAGAAAUAUUGCACCAUAUGGUAGCAUACAAUUUGGUCAAAUAUAUGCCUGCUGAAAAAGUUAUUCGUGUAAUAUGGAGGAUUGCUUCUUACAGAGAUAAAAUAAGCAGUGUAGCCUAUCAGAAUUUGCAUUUAGAUAUUGGUAAAUUAGUACCUGAUUCAUGCUGUGCUGAAAUGGUUGCAUUGCUCUCUCGUGCCCAUCAAACUGUUAGCAUCCCCUUUUUGGUUGAUUAUGUUAGAAACUUUGGCACGUUUUCCCGUAGUUACAUUGCCAAAAGUUUAGAUAAAUCAGCAAAACCACGGUUGUUUGAUUUUGUGAGAUUUUCUCGUUUUGGAGGCACUAAAAAAUUACCACUGGUACUUACUCAACCUAGAACCUUGCUUGGUUAUGUAAAUUUACUAAAAGAUUGUUCUGCAAAAAAAUAUAUGACAAAUAAUUUAACUUUGCUGGGAUUAGUGCCUAACAACUACAAGUUUGAAAAGUAUCAUGCAUAUGGGACACUUGAUGAAAAUUUGGCUGAUUCACUUAUACAAUCGGAAAGGUUGUUAGUUGAUCCUGAACUGCCAGAGGAAAAAUACAAAUCCGAUGAUCAGAAUAGGCCUCAGCUCUAUGACUUAAUAAUGAAAUCGCAGACUCUAGGUAUUCCAAUUGAAGAUUUGUUGGAAGAUAAUUUGAGCACAAACCCUAUGCUCUCAAAAUAUGCUAAAUCUAGCACGGCUACAAAUGUUAAUGUAAAAUCCACAGCUAUUAUGUCACAAUUAAUUCCGCUAGUUCCUGAAGAGUCAACAAUUGAUUCUAUAAAUAGCAUAAAAACAGGUAAUUUGGGAUAUAAAAAUAUCGACACUGACGUUCCCAUAGAGGGUAGAAGGACAUGGACCUUGCCAUGGACCGUUAUAAAUAAUUCAUUUAUUUACAAAGGAAAGAAAUACAAACUUAAUGAGUGUGGAUGGCAAAUAAUGGAAACUAGUGACGACGAGAGGAAUUGGUAUAAACGAUCUUCUAGGGAAAUUAGACGCAAAUAUUCCAGAAAAUUGACGUUAAAAAAAAUGGCAUUGAAAUUGUCCCGUGCCAAUUCUAAUUGUUUUUAA